AUGUCUGUGGUAGCAUGUCAACAAACUGGGUAUUAUAUGGAAAAAAAACUGGGCAGCCGCAAAUAUCGUAAAUCAGCAACGGGAUUAUCAUGCCAGCUUCAAAUUCUUUCGAGACCAGAAAAACUUGAAUACGUGCAUGAACAUCCAAACAAUUCCAGUAAAACGCCAACUUCCAGAGAAGGCUACCACUCAACUCGACUUUUGCGACCAUUUGUGAAUUUACAAGUUCAUAAUAUUGUAAUGCAUCCUGAUGGAACAAAGUUGAAUAAAUCAUGA